AUGGCGACCAAAGAAAAGGAGCAGGUGGAGAUAACAACGACCGCAAUUGAUGCGGAAAAGGGUGUCAAGGCCAAUGGCUUAAUACAAGAAGAGGAAUAUGAGCCAUUGACACCACAAGAAAUGCGACGUUUACGUUGGCGAUUGGAUCUUCGUAUCAUUCCAUUUUGUGGAUUACUAUACCUAUGCUCAUUCUUAGAUCGCUCUAAUAUCGGAAAUGCCAAGAUUGCUGGUAUCACUGAAGACUUGAACAUUACCGAAUCCGAAUACAACGUAGCACUAUCCAUCUUUUUUGUUGGCUAUAUUAUCUUUGAGAUCCCCAGUAAUCUCAUGCUCAAACGUGUUGGACCCAACGCAUGGAUUCCUUUGGUGAUGAUCUCUUUUGGAAUUGUGCUCGCAUGUAUGAGUACAGUCUCUAACGGAAGCGGUUUGCUGGCAACGCGCUUUUUCUUGGGAAUUGCAGAAGCAGGCUUAUUCCCCGGCGUCAUCUUUUACAUUACGCUAUGGUAUACUCGACGAGAACAAGCAACACGCAUUGCUAUCUUUUUCGGAUGGGCAACGGUCGCUGGUGCUUUCGGUGGUGUACUGGCUUAUGGUAUUAUGAGGAUGGAUGGUCUUCGUGAUAUGCGUGGAUGGCAAUGGAUCUUCUUGAUUGAGAGCAUCCCUACAUUGGUCCUUGCAUGCGUGACCUACUUUGUUUUGCCAGGAUUACCAGAGACAUCAAAAAUUCUUACACCACGUGAACGGCAUGCGAUCAUCCAACGACUUCAAGAUGAUUUUGGUGCAAAGUCCGAGUCAACCCACUUUUCAUGGAAGCAAUUCAGAGCUGGAUGUACGGAUUGGAAGGUUUUAGCGCACUCUUUGGUUUAUAUAUGCGGCUCAAUUCCCUUGUACAGCCUUAGUCUUUUCUUGCCAAGCAUCAUUAAGGGUAUGGGAUUCCAGGAUUUGGAAGCCCAAGCCAUGUCAGCUCCACCCUAUGCUAUCGCAUGCGUUGCCACUAUCUUGUUUGCCAUGCAUGCGGAUAAGGUUGGCGAACGAGCAUUCCAUAUUGCUGUACCAUCAUUUAUUGGAAUGGUUGGAUACAUCUUGUUGAUUGCAUUGAAGGAUAAGGGAGCUGUGGCUCUUUAUAUUUCGGCAUGUAUUACAACGACCGGUGUAUUUGGUCAUGCAUCCACAAUGCUUUCUUGGUUCAGCAAUAACUUUUCAGGGCAUACAAAACGUGCUGUUGCAUCGGCUAUCAUUAUCUCGAUUGGCAAUGUUGGUGGAGCUUUAGGCGGCCAAGUGUAUCGAGCGAAUGAUGCACCUCAAUACAUUCGUGCUCACUCUGCAUGCGCUGCAUUAAUGUUUUGCCAAAUCGUCAUUAUCCUCGUUUACAAGUACCUUUUGAUUCGAAUCAACAGAAAACGCGAUAACUUGACACCUGAAGAAUAUCGCAAGGCAUGCGAAGGAGAUGAAUUAUGUGAUUUGCAUCCUGACUUCCGGUACAUUACUUAG